GUCUACCUUUUCGCCAUUUCUCGACGACGUCUCCUCCACAACCACCUCUCUGUUCGCUGCUUCUGCCCACCAAACACGUCGCCGAAUCUUCCCCCAUUGCCCUGCUCGUCCCUCGAGAAGUCCCCUGCGUGCUGCUUCUCAAAUGCCUGUUUGCCGGCCUCUCCCGCAUGAUAACCCCCCUCGCCUCCUCCUUGCGACGCGCUGAUUAGAUUUCCGCCUUGUCCCCCCCUUGUCAUCGUCAGAUCUACCUCCCCGCCGUCUAGAUCUCCGAGCAACGAUGGCACCGAGUCCGAGAACGCCCAGGCAAACCGCGCUUUCGCGCCCCCGCGGCCGACCGAAGGGGUCCUACAGCACCGUGCGACGCGCUCGAGACGGCAACAUUGUCGCCGCCACCGAGCCUCCCCUGAAGCGCCGACGACAUGCCUCUAGUGGUCCAGCCAGCGCUAGUCGGUUUUCCGAUAGGAAUGGCAACGACCAGGACGAGCCGGUGGCUGCGACUACCGGUCGCUCGAGAGCGAGACACAGUUUGCAAAACGGUGCGGCUUCCCCCGUCCUAUAUCCCAGACGCGAACGUAGCACCCGCACUCGCACUGCCGCCCGAGUCGAGGCGGAUGACGAGAUGCAGAUCAGCUCUGCCGCGGCUGUGGCUGCCGCCGUCGUGCAGAGCGAAGGAUACAAACCUAGAGAAGAGCGUGGUUGGGAGGAAUUCCACCCCAAUCUCGACAUAGAUGCUACAUUUAUGCUGUUCCACGCCGAAGACGUCGACGGAACUGCGAAGCCAGUGCCGGAGACGCCUAUAGCCAAGCCCACUGCCGUGGAUAACUUGGAUGCCGCCAGUCCGUCCAAAGACGCAGGUGUGGCGUCCACACCCCUCAAUGCACCAAACACCGCGCCCAACAGCGCCACACCCUUCGGUGCGCUUACUGUCACCCCCUCUAGGAGGCGUGGUGGCCGGCUCCCGCGCGAUUCGCUGUACGCUACGCGCGGAGAGCACGCAGCGCCCAACACCCCAACCCCGUUGCCCAUCCACGGCCAGAAUACCAAGGAGAAGCUCGACCUGAAACAGCCUUCCUAUCGCAAAACCGACCGCAUACUGCUCUUCGAGAGCAAGAAGUUCGGCCAAGCCCGAUACGUCGAUAAGGCGAUGAUGAAUGUCGGCUACCAGGAGAGCGACAACUUCAUCCGCCCGGAUCGAAAAUUGAUCAAGGCAAGCGAUGCCAACAUGGAGGACGAAGCCGACCAGGCUGCUGCUCUCAAGGCCGACGGAGAGGCGGUGCCCCAGCCAACCAACUCUCUAGGCCGUGUCGAAUACGACAUGGACGAGCAGGACGACAUGUGGCUGGAGGCGUACAAUGCGCACAGGAAGUCGCAGGGUUGGAACCCGGUCACUCGCGAAGUGUUCGAGAUCACCAUCACCAAGAUCGAGAAGGAGUGGCACGUGCUCGAGAAAAGAAUUCCGAAGCCCAACCCGAAACCGCCGCAGACCCAUCGGCCGCGCUCUAGUUCCGCAGCGGCCGUUAAUGGCGAGCCGCAGGCAGGCGAAGAGCAGGACAGCAAAUGCGCAAUCUGCGACGAUGGGGACUGCGAGAACACGAACGCGAUCGUUUUUUGUGACGGGUGCGAUCUCGCGGUCCACCAAGAGUGCUAUGGUGUUCCAUUUAUUCCGGAAGGCCAAUGGCUGUGUCGAAAGUGCCAGCUCAUUGGCCGUGGCAUCCCGACGUGCAUCUUCUGCCCCAACUCCGACGGUGCUUUCAAGCAGACCAAUUCCUCCAAGUGGGCGCAUCUGCUCUGCGCCAUGUGGAUUCCGGAGGUGACGCUCGGCAACCAUACUUUUAUGGAACCAGUUAUGGAUGUGGAUAAGGUCCCCAAAAGUCGCUGGAAGCUUGGCUGUUACAUCUGCAAUCAGCAGAUGGGUGCUUGCAUACAGUGCGGUAACAAGGCGUGCUAUCAGGCAUUUCACGUUACCUGCGCUCGCCGCGCCCGUCUUUUUCUCAAGAUGAAGAACAACUCGGGUGCUUUGGACGUGCUCGACGGCAGCACCAAUCUCAAGGCGCUCUGCGAUAAGCACUGCCCUCCGGAAUACGCCAAGGAGAACGAUGUGGUCCGCGCUACAAAGCGAGCCAAGAAGUUCUACAAGAAGACGAUGGGAGACCGUAUCUGGGCCAGCAACCAAGCCAAGGCCAUGUCCCUCGCCGCGUCUCAUCGCAACGCGAUAACCGAACAUCCCCCGGACGAAUCGCAAAUGACUGGCGCUAAGUUGUCGGCUGUCCUUGGCGACAAGAAAGGACAGGCCGGCAAGCCGAUCUGGAAGUUACCGUCGGGAGCUCCCGUAAUACCCCAAGCCGUUUUCGAAAUUGUCGAAGCGUCGCUGCAACGCUUCAAUUUCCUCAAGCGUAAGGAGUUCGUCAGUGACGCGUGUCGGUACUGGACCUUGAAGCGCGAGAUGCGCCGCGGCGCCGCCCUCCUCAAGCGCUUGCAAUUGCAGAUGGAGACGUUCUCCUCGAUGGAGCUCACGAGACGCAACUUUGCGGCCAUGGGCCCCGUCGGCAAGGCUCGCCUAUCCAGAAGAAUCGAAUUCGCCGAGACCCUCAUCAGAGAUCUAGAGCAGCUCAAGAUGAUGUCGGAGGCGGUCGUCCAACGCGAGCAGAGCAAGCUUGAGGCAGCGGAGAUGGAGCAAGAAUUCGUGGACACGUGCUAUUUCCCUAUCCACAAGAUGCUUCCUCCCGUCAUAGAGAAAGCGAUAGCGCUGGACAAAAAUCUCUUCUACAGAGGUCUCGUGAAGUUGUCAAAUAGACUCGACGAGCGCUUCUACACCACGACGCUAGCCUUCUCUAGCGAUCUUUGCGAGGUUAUCAGCUCCGGCAUCAACUCCGAACCUAAAUCGCAGGUCGAUUCCCUGCAGAGGGCUGGUUCCGCUGUUCCCGUGCUGCCUAAAUCCGACUUCUCCGAUUAUCGAGACCGUAAGAAGCUUGGAAAAAGGAUACUUAAGUCGAUCCAGCCGCAGUUGGAGACGGCGCUGCGCCUCGAGUGCGAGGCUUCCCACCGGCCAUUUGAGAGCUUGAAACAAGAGCUAGAAUCCAUGAUGGAGGCGAGCCUCGAACUGCGCCACCAGGAUAUUAACCAUGGUAAUGUGGAGUCCGAGAAGAGCCAGGACGUCAUCAUGGUUGACUCAGUGGCUGCGGAGAUCACCGUGGGUGGUCAAGUCGACGGCUCUACUGCUACGGCAGAAACACCCGGCGACGUUGCCAUGGCUGACGCCGACGGAGAGGAUGAUGACGUCGGGGAUGAAGGCAAUAUCGAAGUGAAAACCUCUACCUUCGAGGUCGGCGGCGUAAUAGAGGCUGCUCAGCCAUCCCACGACGCCAUCGCUAACCGGCCACCCCAAAUUCCGGAGGGCAAGUCGGACGCGGCAUCGGUCGACGGCAUGCAGCCGGUGGACACGCCGCCGGCGACGAACGGCUACGUGGGCGCGGUGCCGUCGAUACAGCCGGCGCCGCCGACGCCCCCCCGCUCGAACGGCAGCCUGGAGCACCUGCCGGCCGACUCGCUCGUGGACGGGGGCGUGGUGUGGUACCUGCAGGACUUCGAGCCCGAGGGCACGUCGGCGGUGCAGGAGCAGUGGCGGGGGAGGGACGCGGUGCGCAGCCUCAGCGAGGAGCUGACGGAGAUCGACGAGGACGAGCUCAACGGGCUCGGCGUCGAGCUCAACGAGGACAGCAUCACGGCCUCGCCGGCCAACAACGCCGGCGCCGCGGCGGACGCGCCCGGGGCAGGCCCCGCCAAGAAGACCAGCGCCAGGUCCAAGAAGCGCAAGGCGCCUUACCGGAGACGAUAAGGGUCGGAUCCACUAAUCAUGCGGAGGGGAGCGGAGC